ACUAAUUCCUUGGGGAGCUGUUGUCAUGGACGAACUCCCCCCUCCACUGACUCAAAACAUUAACGUUCCGAUCUCCUACUCACUUCCAUCGCCUCCACAUGAUCUAAUGCAAACUCAAAUAGCUUCAGACAUCGACUGGGUUAGCCUCCUCUCAGCUGGUCCCAACUUCAAGUUUGGCAACCAAAAUCCCUCAUCAACAAGCAAACCCCUAACGGCUACGAAUGGAGCUGUAGGCCUUGAAAAUGGCAGUACUAAACAUAAAGGAAGAGUAGGCAGGACAAAGAAAACCAUUCCACCGAGGAUUGCCUUCCACACGAAAAGCCCAGAUGAUAUUCUAGACGAUGGAUUCAGGUGGCGGAAGUACGGGCAGAAAGCUGUGAAGAAUAGUAUCCACCCCAGGAGCUACUAUCGCUGCACGCAUCAUACAUGCUACGUGAAGAAACAAAUCCAGCGACAUUCAAAAGAUGCAAGCAUCGUCGUGACAACAUAUGAGGGCAUUCACAACCAUCCUUGCGAACAAUUGAUGGAGAGCCUAAGCCCACUACUGAGGCAAUUGCAAUUCCUCUCAAGCUUCUAGACCCAAUCUAUCGUUUUAUAACUUUUAUGUUUUGAGACUAUACGCAAGUGUACAGAGCAUCUCAUGAAUAACUGCUUUAUGGCAAUAUUGUUUGACAAUCAAGAAGACAAAGGAGAAAAAAAGCAAAUGAUGAUGAUUUAUGUAAACUAAAAACACAACUUUAUGAUCUUUACGAACUGCAUGCCUUCUCUUUAUCACCACAAAAUCAGCAAAUAAAAAGGAU